ACCUCUCUCUCUCUCUCUCUCUCUCUCUCGCACACACAACAAUGAGGACAAUGAGGAAGCCUUGUUGCGAUAAGCAAGACACCAACAAGGGAGCAUGGUCGAAGGAGGAGGAUAAGAAGCUCAUUGACUACAUCCGCGCCCAUGGAGAAGGUUCUUGGAGAUCUCUCCCCAAGGCUGCAGGACUACUUCGGUGCGGUAAGAGUUGUAGGCUUCGAUGGAUCAACUACCUACAGCCCAAUAUCAAGAGAGGGAACUUCUCAGAGGAUGAAGAGGACCUCAUCAUUAAGCUCCAUGCUCUUCUUGGCAACCGGUGGUCAUUGAUAGCUGGAAGGCUGCCUGGACGAACAGAUAAUGAGGUGAAGAAUUACUGGAAUUCUCAUCUGAGGAGGAAGCUCAUAAAUAUGGGGAUUGAUCCCAACAACCACCAUGUCAGCCAGACCCUCUCUCUCCACCGGCCACAAAGCUCAGGGAACGAAACCUUGGUAGGUGGACCUGUGAACCAUGAACGUAAGGAAUGGCGGCCCUUGAUCUCGACGACGGACAAUGAUCGGUUGUCUGAUACUGCGAGCUGCCUCCCACCGAAAAAAGAUUCUGCGAGCAGCCUGGAGGACAACACCAACGUGCUGCCCGACUUGAACCUUGAUCCUACCAUGUCCGUUCCUUCUCCAUCUACUACACUUACGGAGUGGAACCAAGAAUCAGCAGAGUUGGAGGCACCGUCAGACCUAGGGAAUGCAACCAACCAUACGCUCCUCCUCUUUAGAUAACCUGAUAAUGCUUGAUGUUGGAUUAGUGUUGAAUAUUAGGGUAUUAAAGUGGGUAAGGGGAGAGAUCCUUUAUUGUUCUGAAACCUAGCUAUCAUGGAAGCGAGAGCAUGGUUCUUUUCUAAGGCUAAUCUUGUGCUUGUAUUAAGAUUUGGGAAGGCUAAGAGAGGGAAACGAAAUGGAUAUGGCAGUGCAGACUGUUUGUUUCCAUGAUGCAGUCAUAGAUUUUUGGCAUAUCAGUAAGAUAUUCCAAAUUUACAGAAGAACCCUUUGCAUUUUAAUAUGCAUGUACACCAUUCAAGUUGCCAAUGCUGGUCCAAAUCAUAGAUAAAAAGAUGGAAAUUAUG